AUGAGGCAGCCCACCGAUAACGAAAGAUCUCCCUGUUGCCAACCUCAAGUAGCCGCCGAAAAAUCUCUGGUCGUGUUGUCGCAUCUAAAGCAGAACGUCGACCUUGUCGAUCGCCAUGUCCGACAAGCAGCUCACGCAGUCCUCUUUCAACAUUUCAGCCAUCAAGUCGCUUCAAGGCUCGCGUGGCUGGAUGGACCCAAGAACCCAUGGCGAACACUCGUCCUUCCUCUUGCGCAACGCUCAUCCUGCCUACGGCUAUCAACCCUGGGCUUAGCUGCAGCACAUAUGUCCGUCGUGUCUCCCCAAGACAAGGCUGCACUUGUUCAGAUUCACCGAAGUCUUCGAGAUGCGACUCUAUGUCACCUGAACCGGCAGAUGGAGUCCGAGCUGAACCGCGAAGUAUCAGGGCGCGAUAACAAUACCCAAGUCUCGGUUCUAGUAGAGAUCAUUCUCACCAUGAUUUCCUUAUGCUAUGCAGAAAUGUUCAUACCCAACUCGACGGGAUGGAGACUUCACCUCAGCGGUAUCCGCACAGGGCUCGAGAGAUAUGACCCCGCAGAUCCACACGAAAAGGUAAUUUCUCAGUUCUUCGUGGAAGAACUUGACUAUCUGGAGGUUUUCGGAAGCAUAUCCUCAUUCACCUCGAGUUUGAGACGCCAUAAGCCCCUAUCACAGCACGCGACGUCUGGCGACUACUUCAAAGAAUUUACAGAAGCGCUUCAUGAGAUCACAGUUACCGAGAGAAGCCGGGAUCACACUUCUAAGACAGGAAAGAUACUUGUUGACACUGAUAUGACCGUGUGGCAAGACAAGCUCACGAGGUCUUAUGACUCCGUUUGCGCCCGCAUUGACUCUACCCCAUCACCAGAUGUCACUCUCCAGAUAGGCCUCAGGUCUGUUCUCAAAGCCCAAUACUACGCUUGCCUAGUGUACUCCUACCAAGCACUUGCUUCCGAUCUCGAGAAGAGAGUUGCAAUCCCCCCACUGGUUGACUGUCUCUACAACGAGAUCAUCUUCAUGACAUCCUGCCCAACAGAAUCUGUUACACACAACAUCUCAUUCCCGCUGUUCAUACUCGGAACAACCAGUCAGUUAUACACCGAGAAUCAAGUCAUGAUCGAGAAGCUUUUCACCGAAAACAUAGCUGCGACAGGUUUCUCGUGCAACUCGGCGGUACUGCAGUUCUUGAGAGACUUUUGGAGAGCAACAGCAGCUGGGCCGGCUCAAAAUUGGAUACAGUAUGCGAGAAACAACAAGGAGCGGAUAAGCCCAUUCAUUGUAUUCUGA